AUGCAUUCCACUACCACCACCUACCUCAUCCUCUCCCUCCUCCCCCUCUUACAACCAGCUGCCGCAUGGGGCUCCCUAGGCCACCGCACGGUUGCAUACCUCGCAUCGACAUAUUUCACUCCCGAGUCCGUGCGGAUGACGAACCACCUGCUCAACGGGCAAGACAUCUCAGAAGCAGCACUUUUCCCAGAUAAAGUGCGACACAUGCCACAGUUUGCGUACACUCGGGGAUGGCACUACAUUGACGCGCAGGACUCGCCCCCCAGCCAGUGCGGGAUCAACAUGACGCGGGACUGCAUCGCUUUGGACGGAGGGUGCGUGGUCAGCGCGAUCGCCAACCACACUUCCCGCGUUGGUGAUGCAUCGCUACCGCACUACCUGCGCGGCCAGAGCCUGCGGUUCAUGAUGCACUUUUUCGGCGACGUGCACCAACCCUUGCACACUGAGGCCGAGGACCGCGGGGGAAACGAGUACAUCGUGCGCUUUGACGGGCAUCCCACGAACUUGCACAGUGUAUGGGACACGCUGAUUCCGAACAAGUACGCCGGCAUGAGCCACGGCGAUGACGAAUUCGCCGCAGCGUGGCUGUGGGCGCAAAGACUCUCCGACAACGGGGAUGAGCCGCUGGAGGGAGAAUGCCUGCACGACGCGGCAGAUUGUGCGCUGUCCUGGGCCGGCGAGGCGAACAGCUACGUCUGUUCCUACGUACUAGCUCACGACGUGCACAACCAGGACCUCGGCGGAAAUUACUACGACGGCGCCAUCCCCGUCACCAACGACCUAAUCCAAAAGGCCGGAAGGAGAUUGGCCGCCUGGAUCAAUUCCAUUUCUGCAGACUACACGCCCAGCCAUGCCAGCCAUGCGGAUGGUUUUGACGUCGACCAUGAUGCAAUGCUACAAACUCAGUGA